AGAAAUACAGAAAGGACGGAAAUGGGCCAAUAAUCCCGCAAUGCAUCCUGGUUAAGCGUGACCUGAUGCCCCUGCUUGGUGUGUUGCAGAGCUCCCGCUUUUGUGUCUUUCACGCUUAUAUGGCGUUUGAAAACAAUGAUCAUAAAACGGAGGGAAAAUAUUUUGAAGGCCUUAGCCUUUUUAGUGGCCGUUUAUAUAUCUUUUCAGCUAAGACUUAAAUGGAGUACUCGUUCCUCCUUUUCUGACAUCGCUCACGAAGAAGUAGAAGUCGCAGAAUAUAUGCAGUGGAUACAACAGCAAGAACCGAAAAUAAAUCAACUAAACCCAACCACGGAAUCUUCAUCGGGCUUUACAACGACUUCUACCCCAAAAAUUAAGCACAACACAUUUCUUAUAACCAGGAGAUCUUGUACGCAACAUUACGAUCUUCUGUUGAUUAUCUCAUCCGCUCCAGGUAAUUUCGAAAGAAGGAACAACAUUCGUAAGACAUGGGCAUUCGAAAGAUCCGCAAAACCAAGAUGGACGUCAGUUUUUCUAGUCGCUGAAACACGGGAUGAAGGAGUGUCGAACUUGCUGUUGGAGGAAGACGAAGCUCUUAAAGACCUUGUGCGAGCUAGCUAUUAUGACUACUAUUACAAUCAAACCCACAAGAUCAAAAUGGGCUUCGAAUGGGCAGUAAGAUAUUGUAAUUUCUCGUUUCUUUUGAAGUUGGAUGACGAUGUUUUCGUGCAUAUUCCAAGAGUUCUCUCCUUCUUAUGCGCACCCACCACGCCGAAAAAAAAGCUUUACGCUGGCAACCAUUACAAGAACAAUCACGUCGCUCGAGUAGGAAAAUGGAAGGUGUCUUACGAAGAAUAUAAUGAAACAACGUAUCCGGAUUUUUGCCCAGGGUUUGGAUAUAUAUUAUCUCACGAUGUUGUAAUUGCAUUUGUUGACACGUUCUCUUCCUUUCCGUACUUUAGAUUAGACGAUGUUUACGUUGGCAUGCUAGCGAGUAAGAACGGAUUGAACAUCACAAACAAUGUAGGUUUUGAAGUAUGGCAUCCACCUCAAUAUGUUUGUAUUCCAACAAAUGAUACUUUAGUCAGGCAUGAUGUAGGAGAAGAGUGCCAAAUGAAAAUGUUUAAUUUAGCCAUUUUCCCUGAGUAUUUAAAUGGCUUAGCUCACACCGCUUAACUUACAAUGAUCAUGCUGCAAACCUACCUCUAAUUGUCUAUUUAAAUUACUACACAUUAGCAGGAUAAACCACCUUCUGCACAGAAAGUCUCAUAUUGUUGAUGAACGCUUUCGUUUUUAGCAAGCUAUUUUAUUGCUCAACUGUAUGGGCUAACACUUCUCAAGGCAAUGUAAAGAAACUCCAACUCGUACAGAAUUUUGCUGUGCGUAUCGUGUUGGGUCUUAGGAAAUAUGACCACAUCUCAGAAGGCAUAAGAUCCCUUAACUGGCUUACUGUUAAAGAUAGACUCCUUCUUAAAGUCCUGGGGUAGACCAUUGAGAGUUGACUCGACGAGACAAAUUUACAUACGUAUGAGGAUCGUGCAUCAUACGUAUCUAAUACCACAGUUCAAAAUAUAUGAACUUCAUAUAUACAUUGUAUCAGACAAAUUUACGCUACCCACUUCUCCGAAGCGACUAAAUCAGCGUAUAAUUUUCCCUUGGGGUACGCCGGUGACAAUUUAUUUGUCGUGUGCAAAUAUGCGCUACCUACUCUUCCAAAAUAGCUAAAUUGUGAUGCCAAAAAUUUUUUUCCGAUUAGUCAA